UUCACCUCGCGCUUGCGCAGAGGGCUGUGCUGGGAGGAAAAGACUGGGGAAGAUUCACAAUAUCUGAUUGUUCCCGACAAAAGGCGUCGUUUGACGUUUACGAAAAAUAACAACGGUUGAGCUUUACUGUAACGUUUUUUCGGUGACAAAUAAAUGGAUGAGACAGCGUAGGCGACGCAUGCACUGGAAUACGAAAAUGAUGUGAAGAGGACAGCAUGUUUUUAUUACGAAACCCCACACUAUCGGCAUGAAAUAAGACUGUCUCAUCCAUCGCCUCUUGGAUCAAGUCGUUCAAACCCCGAAUUACGGAUUGGGUGCACAAAGGGAAUACAAUAAUAAGACUGUCCAACAAUGCCGAAAAAGUGGACCGCAGUAACACCGUGCAGAUGUCUCCAUUUCGUCGUGUUGGUUCUGGUGUUUCCCAGAUGUGUGCUGUCAGCUUCGGCGGACAAAAACAUGGUCAAACAGGACGACUAUUACAGCGCCACGGUGAACAUCACGGUCCUGGACUCCAAGGGCAACCCAAAGCAAAUUCUGUCAAAAGACGACGGGAGGUACGGACAGAGUUCAUUGAAAACUGAAGCCAAAGGAAUUGUGAUCGCGCCAGCUCCCAUUUUCGGAGUGGUGGACCGUAAGGGCUGUGACCCCCACACCCACUUCAUCGUGCCCCCCAGGACCACGCACUGGGUGGCGCUGCUGCAGCGGGGCGUCUGCACCUUUAAGGAGAAGAUCCUCAAAGCGGCCGCCUUCAAUGCCUCGGCCGUGCUCAUCUACAACAACUCCUCCAAGGAGGACACCGUCACCAUGGCGCACGAAGGCACCGGGGACAUCGUAGCAGUGAUGAUCACAGAGUCCUACGGGAAGGACAUCAUCAGUCUGCUGGAGAAGAACAUGACGGUGGUGGUGAGCAUCAUCCUGGGGCCACGGGGCCCCCCCAAGAACAUCAACCGCGGCUCGCUGGUCUUCGUCUCCAUCUCCUUCAUCGUCCUCAUGAUAAUCUCCUCCGCCUGGCUCAUCUUCUACUUCAUCCAGAAGAUCCGCUACACCAACGCUCGCGACCGGAGUCAGCGACGGCUCGGCGACGCAGCGAAGAAGGCCAUCGGGAAGCUGACCACCCGGACGGUGAAGAAGGGAGACAAGGAGACGGACCCCGACUUCAACCACUGCGCCGUCUGCAUCGAGGGGUACCAGCUCAACGACGUGGUGCGAAUCCUACCCUGCAAGCAUGUCUUCCAUAAGAUGUGUGUGGACCCCUGGCUGAACGAGCACUGCACCUGUCCCAUGUGCAAACUGAACAUCCUCAAAGCCCUGGGAAUCAUGCCCAACCUUCCGUGUGUGGACAACGUGGCCUUCGACAUGGACAGAAUAUCCCGGAGUCAGACAGCCAGUCAGCGGACCGCGCUGGUCGACCUGUCCAGCGAGAACUCAAUCAGCCUGGAGCCGCUGAGGCAUUCUGGGACGUCCCAGAUUCCGUCCGACGGGGAGCUGACCCCGCGCACCGGAGAGAUCAACAUCGCCGUCACCAGCGGCCAUUUCUUCAACCGGACGUCCCUGUCGCCGCGGAGCGUGGUGUGCGAGAUGGAGCUUCCCGACAUUCAGGCGACGCUGGACCUGUACGACGAGAACAAGUCCUGAGGACUCGCCCGUCCGCGUCCCCAGGCCGUGGCCUCCCAAUCCACAACAGCGGGAUGGGGGUGGGGGUGGGGGAGGGGGCGGGGCAACGGCACAUGACAAACGACAAACGACAAAGGCACGUUGCUGCCGCAGAAUGUACUAUUGACCAUCACUAAAGAGGAGAGGGAAUUAUCCAGCGUCUCAUUUACCCUCAUUCUUAUCGCGAGCUCCGCCCCCGCUCCCCACAUCCCAUCGCCCGGGAGACCGUUUAUUUUUUUUGUUUUUUGUUUUUCACUAAAGGGAUCAUGAGGGAAAAAAAUUACUUUGGUAUGUUUUAAAUUUCUUCUUUCAUUCUUUUUGAUUCCAAAAAGUAUCCGUCCGUCCAUCUGGCCUGGAAUUGUAAAUCAAAAAUAGCCAUGCGUUUCAGUGUAUUUAGAGCAUUCUGCAUCUGUGAAUGUUGUAGCUAAUCUUUUUUUUUUUUUUUGCUAUCAAGAAAGAAACUUGUAUCGACUACUGCAUUGACUGAAAGAAGGAGGGGGGGGGGCUAAUAGAGUUGGCCCACAGAUUUUGUGGUCACUCGAAACCAACUUCUGACUAUGGGUGCAGUGGGUGGGGGGAAUGUUCCUCCCCUCCCCCACCCCACACCCCCCCCACCCUUCAGCCCAUUUGUCUGGAAUUAACCUGCCGGAAAUGAAGGACUGUGGGACUUCUCUCCCACGACGAGCUCCAUUGGUCCAGAAUAAUCAUACAGCACACACCUGUGUAUGAUAUGCAGCAUUACUCUUCUGUAGCGGUUCAGUGUUUCUCUGUAUUAAACAUUUUAAUGUGUAUUUAAAAAGCCUAUGAAAUACCCACAGCGUAUACUAAUCAUCCCCAAUAAGGGGUCUUGUGUAUAUAUAUAUAUACACACACACACACACAUAUAUAUAUAUAUAUAUCUCUAAGUGGCCUCGAAGCACUGUUUGUUCGUUUCUCAUACGUGUACAAGCAAACUGUAUGGAAGGAAUUGUUUUUAUUUUUGACUUUUUUUGUGUGUCUUAAGUCUUUGUACCUGGAUUUGAAUGAAGACGUAAGAGUCUUAAAACAUGACCUCUUCUUGGAUUGGAUGAGGAGGAUGUCCGUCACCCUGUUGCCUACACCCCCAGUGCUCCUCUACAUACUGCCUCGGCAUCAAAAGUCUCCUUAUUACCCACUCCCCUUUGGAGGAGUUAGCCACAGCCCUGCGUGUCUCUGCGGUACUUCUGUUAGAGCUUCAGAAAAUGUGACAUUAGCUACAACUUCAAACCGGAGGUCAGCAAUCCAAGUUCAGAAAGCAAAGGUCAUCCCCAGUAUUUUGUUACAAUCACCUCAAUUUGCUAAUUAGCACAAUUCAUCGGCCAUUCUUCAGAACUAAUUAGUGAAAUCAGCUGGCUGAGUUAAUGGAGGGGAAGAAACACAUGGUAGGACUUCUACAUUCUGGCCCCUGGACUUUCCACCCCUCCUUCAAGGUCAGUCGAUGGGGUAGUGAGCAGGGCUAGAUUUGUAGAUUUGUCAGAGGAAAAUCCCAACACUGAGUACAGCCACCCCUGCUUGCUGUGGCAGUGUGUGUUUCUACUAAUUUGCAGCUCAACAUGAUCUCUAGCUCUUAAACAAGGUGUGCUUUGUUAGGUUUAGAGCAAAAACCUACAGGAUGGUAGAUCUCCAGGAACAGGGCUGGGAACCAGUCAUUCAGCCAGUCUCUUUCCUUCCAGGCUGUGUUGCAGUAUGCUCACCCCCCUUCUCCUGCCGGAUUUGCUAUAAUCCAUUCGCCCCAGUUUUCUCAGUCUAGACCACCCCCAGCCACUGUUAGAGCCAGCCCAGUCAUGAUGAUUUACAAGUGUGGGAUUUUAGCUCAAAUACCUUUUCAGCUCCCUUGUGUUGUUUGACACACACGCCAUCUGGAGUAGCACCAUUACUGUCUUCAGGAGCCCGUUACGCUGUCUGCGGUUUGUCUCUCAGUGCUGCUUUGAAAAGGAGAGUUGUAGGUUUGUCUCCCCCUGCUGCUCUGGAUGCCUGACUGCACGUAUAGCCACUCCUACUCCCAGCUGUGUAGGGAGAAAGGGAGUGGUUUCAGAGGCAGCUCGGGUACAUAAGUGAGAGGCAAAGCAUUGUGGAAAGGGUGUUAUAAUAAACAUGGUCCUCAAACUCUU